AUGGGUGCCAAAAAGCAGACUGCGAAGGCCCCAGCUCCUGCAAAAGGCGGCAAGGACACCGGGAAAGGUGACAAGGCAGCCAAAGGGGCCAAAGGCAAGGGUCAGGACGAUGCCGAUGCUGGGAAGACCGUCAAGACGAAAGGAGGACAAUGGAUCACAGCCCGUCAUAUUCUCUGUGAGAAGAAAGGGAAAUUCGAGCAGGCAAAGGACAAGAUCCAGCAGCAACUCGAAGAGGGAAAGAAGGGCAAGCAGGUGUUUGCUGAUGUGGCGCGCGAGUUCUCUGAGGACAAGGCCCGACAAGGUGGUUUGAUUGGCAAAAUGACCAAAGGUGCUCUCAUGCCAGCGUUCGAAGAGGUUGCGUAUGCUUUGCAGCUCUCCAGCGAUAAGGAGAUACACAUGGGGGAGGCCAAGACCUCCGAAGGCUACCAUCUAAUUAUAGUGGAAGACCGUGGGUAA